AUGUCUGCCAAAAUUGUGAUCUGUCUGGUUGCCUGCGUGCUGGGAGCUGUGUCGGCCGGCGUCUUCCCCGUCGCUGCGCCGUUGGCCGCCGCAGGAGUAGUCGCUCCGUACGCCACCUCCUACAACGCGCACACCAUCAAUCACGCCGUGGCGGCACCGGUUGUUGCUGCUGCCCCCGCCCUCGUAGCUCCCGCGGCACGGUUUGUGGCCGCCGCCCCGGCACCGCUGGCCGCACCCCUGGCCUACACCGCCGCCGGUCUGCCCGCUUACAAUCCCUACGCGGCGUUCAACGGACUUCCGGCGCCGUAUGUGUUCUAA